CGGCGUUAAAUGGCACUCGCUCGUUCUGUUGACACACCAUGAGUGAACAGGCAGGGAGUAGCGAUCGUAAUGAGCGGGUGAUCCUUAUUCCAAUUGAUGGCAGCCCUCAUUGUGACCGGGCUUUUGUAUGGUAUUUGGAACAUAUGAAGCGAGCCAAUGAUUGCGUCCGAUUCGUCAACGUCAUCGAACCCGUCUACGCCAGUCCAGCCUUUGGCGUAGCUGUGGAUUCCCCACCGCUGCCCGAUUUUAGUCGACUGAUGAUGGACAGCAUCGAUUCGGGCAAAAACCUAUGCCGUCAAUAUGUACAGAGAGCAAAGGACUCCGGCUUGACCGCACAAGCAUUCAUACAUGUGGAUAGCAGGCCGGGUUCUGCAAUUGUAAAAGCGAUAAAGAGCCAUGCACCGGAUAUAGUAGUCAUGGGAAACCGUGGUCUCGGAGCGAUUCGUCGCACUUUUCUCGGCAGCGUCAGCGAUUAUGUGUUACACCACGCUGCAGCUCCUGUUGUCAUUGUACCACCCGGUCGAUCAGAUUCAAAAUGACAGAUUAAGUUUUGUGGAUGUACUGUGACCAACUUUUAAACACUUUCACUGUAUUUGCUAGAUAGUAAGUUUGUUUAAUUUUUUCAUAAAAAUCGCUUCAAGCCUGCUUCUUCGUAUUAUAAUUAGCCCCGGUUUUUUAUGUGGAUUCCAA